AUGGUGGUGGUGCUGGAUUACUCUAAUUACCUCGAACAAAUAAAAACAUCUUAUUUGACCAUGCACUCACAUUAUGGCCAGAGGACACGGAAUACAUUUUGCAACGAAUUUGGGGAAGAAUUCCAAAAUGGGAACAUAAGUGAAUUGGACAAAUUGAAAUGUACGGUAGUACCUACACGGCAGCAUGGAGAACGCACAGCAACAUCAGGUAGCUCCCCCUCUGAAGGGAGUAAUAGUGCUACCAACAACAUAACCCCUAUCGUCUCUUCCAUCCUAGGAGUAGCAACACUACCAAUAACCACCUUUUUUUUAUAUAAAUAUGAUCUUCUACCUUCUUGGUUCCGCAAGCAACUUAAAGGAAGAAGCAGAAGAAAAAGGUCAUUAGAACGGAACUUAGACUACGUUCUGCUGUCCCAUAUAAUACUACUACAACACCGUUGUCUAACAGAAGGAGCAGAGGAAGAGCAAACAUCAGAAAAGGACCGUAUCAAGGAAAAAAUGUACCCUAUCAACGUAUCCCCUUCCUCCCACGACUAA